AUGGAGUAUCUGCCCAGCCUUCAGCAAGAGUUUGACGAGCUCAAGCCGUCCCUAUUCGAGCUACUCGCCGAACAGCAGCUAUCAGACCUCCUUCCACCCUCAAUCCGCUACAUCCUCGCCGUCGCAACUCACCGCCACCCACGCUACCUCCUCCGAAUCCUCAACUCCUAUGACGAAGUCUACGCCCUCGUCUCCCUCAUCGUCGAACGCUACUACCUUCGUACCUUCGGCGGCUCCUUCACAGAAAACUUCUACUCCCUCAAGCGUGAACGCGUCCUCCUAACCAAGAAUGGCGAGAUCCCACGUGCACAAAUGGGUGCCGCCGCGCCCGUCCGCGAAACGCUCAAGUUGCGCACGUCGGACGUGUGGAAGAACCUGCUCAUUAUGGUCGGGAUUCCGUAUUUGAAGAGGAAGUUGGAUGAGGGGUACGAUAUUCAUGCUGCGCCGCAGGCGUCGCUGGUUAUGAGCGGCGGGCCGCGAUAUAAUCCUAGCGAUGAGUUGCCUCAUAACCCGACCCUCCGACAGCGGUUGUUCUUUUAUUACAAGUGGUUCUUGAGGAACGUGUACCCGAGUGUUAACGCGGCGUAUUACUUCUCCGUGCUGGCGUUUAACUUGGCAUACCUCUUCGAUAACACGAAGUACUCGUCACCGUUUCUCUGGCUCAUCGGGACUCGGAUUCGGCGUCUAGGACCAGCAGACCAUCGCGCCAUCGCGAAGACAUUGGAAUCCAACCCAGGAAGUGGUGGUGCACGUUCCCGUCCUGGAUCUGGCCUCUUGGGCCUGCUGAGUCCACAGAACCUCUACCCGCAACUCCUCGCAUCCCUACGUUACUUUCUCCCAGCAUCCAUCUUCGCGCUGAAAUUCCUCGAAUGGUGGCACGCAAGCGACUUCACGCGCCAACUCGCCCGCAAAGCAACAGACGUGAUCGACCUCCCUGCCCCCGUUGUCGAGGGCAUGAUCACCCCAUUCGACAAGAAAAAGAUAAUCGAGCAGAGAAAGAAAGCAGAGGAAGAGAAGGAGAAAGCCGCUACCGGCGGAAAGGAUAUCAAACCCGCCCUCAAAUCCCCUCGUCCCCGCCAACCGCCUAUCUCUGCUACUUCGUACCUUCCCAUUUUCACUGUUCCUCUGCCCACUGCGGAUUCGGAGAAUGCUGGUACUUGUCCUAUUUGCUUGAGUGAGCUUGCGAAUCCGACUGCAUGCCAGACAGGAUAUGUGUUUUGCUACGUUUGUGUCUUCCAUUGGCUCAAUGGGGAGCAUCAGCGGCAGAUUGAUUUUAUGAAUAAGGAGAGUUCUGGUGCGGCUUGGGACGAUGAGGACGCGGAGGAUGAGAAGGCUCAGGAGGAUACGGAGACUUCGAAGGGGCAGGAUGGUCGACAUGGUCAAUGGGAAAGUGGAAAGGGACGAUGUCCUAUCACCGGUAGGAGAGUGUUGAGUGGAACGGAGGGAUUGAGACGGGUCUUGAUAUGA